AUCCUCAUCCUCAUUCGGUGCAGAAGAAACCGGCACAACAAGAGGCAGUGGCAAAGGAUCUAGCUCAGACGAGUCUAAUUGAUAUGGGAAUUCAGUCUCAAGAAACUCCACAUCACGAGAGACAAAGAAAAUCUGACGAUCCAAAUCAUACAAACCCCAUCCCUUUUUUCCAAAAGGGUAACCAACAAAUAGACAACGACGACUCCGAGCAGCAAACUUGUCAUCAUUAUGAUCUUGGUUAUGAGCAUAGCAAAGGCAACCAAAAACCCACAAAUGAGACAAGGAAGGAGACGAACCAUAAAGAAUCUCAUAUGGUAUGUGAACUGGAUACUGCUAAGGCACGAACUUGCAUCCUUGAGAGCGGUGUCAAACUUGCUAAACAAGACGAACUGGAAAAUGCUCAAACCAUUGAAUUCUUGAGGACCGAACUAUUCUCUACUCAGAAACUUCUUGCCGAGCGGACCCAAGAAAUUGUACUACUAAAAAAUGAAGUUGAUUGGAUGAUGAACGAACAUGCUAGCAUGGAAAGCAAACUGAAGGCAAACUCUGUUGAGUUGAACCGAACUACAGAAGUUGUUCGAAAACUGAACAAGGAAAAAGCAGAUCUGAAUGAACUUCUUUCCUUGGGAAGACAACAUGGAGAUCUUACUGGAAUAGGGUACACUGGUAGGGAAGACAUUCCUCAGUGCUCAACUGGAUCUUCAAAUGCAAAACAUACCCGUCUUGGAUUUGGUGACAAACCUGGAGUUGGAGGCUUGAACCUCCAUGGGAGACCUUCCAGAAACGUGUUUGACAGGUUUGUAAAAAGCACUGUAAGUAAACCUCCAUCUCCACAAUCUCCCUUAAAGGUUCAUUCUCCCAAGCAGAAAUCUGUUAUUAAAACUCACCAUAACUUUGUAACUAUCUGUCAUUACUGUGGU